AUGGAACUAAGUCUUCAUGGGUCACAGCCAAUGACUUCGAAAUAUUGGACGAAUGGUCACAAGACGACUAACAACAAAGUCAUGUCACAUGAACCGAAGAAGGAAGCUUUGAUCGAAGUUGACGCAACUACGAGUUGUGGUAGUGAAAGCAUCGAAGAAGAGAUCGUCACGAUUAAAGCGAAUGAUGUGGAGAACAAGAAUAACGACGUGAACACACAUGAAACGUUAACAAAUUUCACAAAUUCCGUCAUCAAGCAAAGACCUGAUUCACUUAAAUUAUCGUUUGAUUAUGGCAGCAACUCUUCGAAGUUAGGAAAAUCUGCCACAAGCACCUUCAGCGUCAAUCAAAGUAAAAUCAUGGCAGUUGCUGCCAACAAUCACGAUAGUAAAAAGUCGACAUCUUACGACUUGUGGGUAAAUGAAAAUGUCGGAACAAAAGAGAGAAAUGAAAGCGUUGUGGGUGGUGAGAAUAGGAAGUUAGAUUUACCGGGACGUGUGUCGUUUAGCACCAACGACGUGUAUGAGAUUGACUACAGCGAUUAUGAUGAUCAGGAAACGGAAUCGAGUCAGGCGAGUGGUAAUUUGGAGAAAUUAAAUAAAUCAUCAGGAAGCAUUCAAGAGAAAAUGGAGCCGUUAAGCGAGAUGGUAAACAACAUGAACGGGAAGCAAUAUAUCAAGGAGCAUUACAUGAGCAAUUCAGAUAACGAGUUGGACGAAAUCGAUUACCGUUAUCACUCGAAAGCAAACGAUAAACCAUUGAAGAUUAAUCAAAUUAUUGAGGAUUAUAAGAAUGAAGUUGGCUCCAUUAAUCAUCACCGACAUCAACAAGCAAUGGUGGAAACAAAUCAGUUAAAUAAUUCGAAAGGCAAAACAUCCGCAUCAAUGAUGGGAAGUAAAUUAAAUCAAUCUACAAAUCCCGUCAUCAAAAACUAUCUAAAGGCAAAAGAGGAUGUGGGAAUGUUGAGUUCAAGUUGCAAUAACAACCACAACAACCGCAUAUCUAUCAACACGUCCAACAAGAAGCUCAAUGAUUUGUCAAAAAAAUCAAAAAAUCUCAAAGAUUUAACAAAGCCGAAAAUGUCGAAUUCAUUGGGAUGUUCAACUGUUAAAACAUUGCCAACGAAACAUGUUCAACAUGAUGUUUCACCACAAAAUGUCAAAGAUAAAAUAAAAAAAGCGAAAUCAUCAUCAUCGUCAUCAUACACGCGACAAGAUUCAAAUUUGGAUGAAUUUCAAAUUGAAAAAGUGGUCAGUUGGAUGUCAGUGAAUGAAGAAAGUUUUUCCGAAUACGAGUUAAACAUGGCUGACAAUGGUAGUGACAACAAAUCACCUAUGACAAAAGAAACAAAAGGCAAUGAACACGAUUCAACAUAUCAGGAAAUUGUUGACAUUAUUAAAGAAAUCGAACACGAUCGAAAAGAUUGUGAAGACUUUAAGAGUCUUAAGACGGAUGUAGAGUUUAAACUUAAUACGAUUUUAAAUUCAAUUGAAUCGCCUGACGACGAUGUCAGUCCGUCCAAUGAAUGCAGUGAAGGCGAUAGAACGAACAAUAAACUUAAAGAAAUUUUCUCAUACUUGGAUAAAGUUGACUCAACGUGCGACAAAGCACUAAUAGAUGCCAAGGGUAACAACCUCAUCGAACGAGACAAUCUCGAAUUAGAAUUCGCAUUGGAGCCCGAUGUCAUCGAAGACGUUCCCAAGUUAGUUGCUGACAACUCUUAUUACGAAUUGUUUUCUUUUUUUUUGAUUGCGAUUAUUUUUUUCUUUGUUGCAAUAUUUCGUCUUUUUAUUUCGGAUUGGAAUGUCGAUGAAAUUGUUGAUGUGCGAGAAAAUUUUAUUCCCUUUGUCUGUUAUUCGACUUUGAAUGGAACGAAUGAGAGAAAAAUGUUUUAA